AUGUGGAAUGAUAUGCAGGUUUACGAGCUGGAUGAAAAUAUGCGACUCCGACCAGAUGAAGAGGAGCAUGCAGCUUGGUUGCAGGCGAUUGGAGAAGGAAGGACUUUUACUCCCGACGGUGUGAGUAUCAAAAUACCAAUCAACAUGUGUAUGGAGAGUGAAGGAGACUCAUUAGAUGGAUAUACAGUGAGGUUAUUCGUUGACCUGGGGCGCUAG